CACUUGUGGAGUUUAUGCGCAUGUUCAAGUUAUAUUUCAAUUACGAAGGGAAAGUGUUAUUCGAGUGUUAAACUAGUUGUUGUUUUACCAAUAGUUGACAAGUAUUAUUUGGAAAAUAUUUAAAUGUCAGAGAGUAUGGAUACAGCUCCGAAGUACGUGCAGCUGCAAGUGAUGCUCUUUCUCCUGUGUGCCAUCCCCGUAAGGGCCCAACCUUUGGAUUACGACAUCAAAAGUGUUCUUCGGUACGACUCUCCUGGGUGUUUAUCGAGACAAGAAUGUGGGCUGGAACGUACCUUCCCGGACAAAAAUUGCCAUUGUGAUGCCAUGUGUCAUGUGAUGGGGGAUUGUUGCAAAAACAGUAACCAUUAUAUUUCAGCUGAAAACUUUGUCUCUGUUCUACGACCUGAACUGUUUUCAUGUGAACGGAUUUCUGGGAUUAUUAAAUCCGCAAACACAUAUGGAGUUUUAUCUGUCACACAAUGUCCAGAUAUAUGGGCUGACCAGGAAAUAAGAACAUUAUGUGAAGAAAACAACCAUUUUACAGAAGAUUUGAAUUGUAAAAUUCCUGUCAGUGACCGAACAGAAUUUCAGGUGAUGUACAGGAAUAUGUACUGUGCGUUUUGCAACGAGGAAUACGACUUUUUGUAUUGGAAAGCCCAAUAUGAAUGCAAAGAACCUUUAGAUGUCCGAGCUAUACCUGGUAAUUCGCUCUGUCGUUUGUCAUUUUUGCAACCUGAUCACCAUGUCAAACACCGUCUGUGCCUUAUGAAUCAACCAUUAUCGAGCUGUCCAGAGGGAUCAAACAGGUCUCUGGUCGACAUGUGUGCACGAACACCCUAUUAUGUUGUUUAUAAUGAUGCAAGUUCCACACAGACAUAUCGGAAUGAGUAUUGUGCACAAUGUAACGGCAUACAGGCCGAUAACAUUUACUGUGAAAACGUUCUUAAAAAAGGUGUACCUUCCCAUCGUGGUACAAAAUUUGUAUACAGCUACCGCUUGUUGGUUGAUAUAAAUAACAAUGAAAUAUCUGGCAAUAAUCAAGUUUUUACUAAUACAACAAAAUGCGACGAUAAUGCUAUAUUCGACGUUUUGUAUGGAAAGUGUAGAACGAUUGUCUGUCCGUAUGGAAGAUUGCCAAUGCAGGGACGAUGCAUUAUCCGCCCGAAAAAUGACAGCGAUGACUUACAUGCGGGGAUUCAUGAGAAUACAUCUGGAAUUGACAUGAACUGUACGUUAGUUCAACUAGAAAAGGCGGAAUACACACAUACAAACGAUUCACGAUUGUUUAUUAUACCAAUCGGUAGAACAAUCAAUCACACUGAAUAUUUACAGAAUGGCUCAGAAGUGUUUAUAUGCCAACACCUGCUACUGGUAUGUUCAGAUGAUUGUAACGUGCCUGAAGUUAAAAUGAUUUCGGGAGAAAUCGAGGGGUACAUUUCUUUGAUAGGAGUCAUCAUUUCGACAGCAGCGUUAUUUCUGACAUUUAUUGUAUAUAUAUCAUGUCCCCAAUUACUGAACAUCCCUGGAAAGAUUAUGUUAUGUCUCGUUCUUUCGCUGUUUUUUGCGCAGAUAACUUUCAUAAUUGCAUCGAAAAUGAACCCUAUGCCAUUUAUGUGUACGGCCAUUGCGGUGUUAAUCCAUUAUUUCUUCUUAGCAGCAUUCGGCUGGAUGAAUGUUAUAGCCUUUGACCUCUGGAAGACAUUUUCUAAAAGCUUUGUUACAUCCGGGUCUGUAGAUAAAGCAGGCAAGCGUUUUCGUUUGUAUAGCAUUUACGCUUGGGGUAUACCCAUGAUUUUAAUUGGAAUCGCUUUGAUUAUUGAUCAAUCUGAUUUUGAUAUUAACCCGGAUUUUAAACCAAGAUACGGAAAAGGCUUAUGCUGGUUUAACUCUCGAGUGAGUUUGAUUGUGUUUUUCGCUGGGCCACUUGCAGUUUUCAAAUUAUUUGAUAUUGUAUCGUUUGUGUUCACAGCUGUUCAUAUUGCACGUACAAACAGGCAGGGUGCCAGAGCAAGGACUAAGAAAAAUGCAUGUUCCCUUCUGAUUAAUCUGAAACUGUCCAUGGUGAUGGGUCUCACAUGGGUGUUCGCCUUUCUGGCCAAUAUCAGCAACAAUUCAGUGAUGUGGUAUCUUUUUAUCUUGUUCAAUACACUGCAAGGCUUGUUGAUUGCAAUUAGUUUCCUGUGCACCAGAAAGGUAAGUAGGCUUGUGCACGAGAAAUUUGAGUUGAUAUCAAGUGCGUUUUCAAGUAAACGAGAAUCCUCAGGAACUCAACUUACGUCGCUCGCAAAAUCGUCAGAAUAGUAAGCAUACGUAAUAUGCGCCUUUUACACAUGGUUUAGUUUCAUUUUAAUUUAAUAGCGGGAGUGAAGUAUUGUUAUCGACUAAAUGUUAAUACCUAAUUUAGAUUGAUUCUAAUUUAAUAGCGGGAAGAGAAGAAUUGUUAUCGACUAAAUGUAAAUAAAUAUUUUAGAUUGAUUCUAAUUUAAUAGCGGGUAGUAAUAUAUGGUCAUUGACUAAAUUUUAAUACCUAUUUUAUAUUGAUUCUAUUUUAAUAGCGGGCAGUGAAGUAUGGUUAUUGACUCAAUUGUAAUAUCUAUUUUAGAUUGAUUCUAAUUUAAUAGCGGGUAGUGAAGUAUGGUUAUUGACUAAAUGUAGAUACCUAUUUUGUAUUGAUUCUAAUUUAAUAGCGGGUAGUGAAGUAUGGUUAUUGACUAAAUUGUAUACCUAUUUUAGAUUGAUUCUAAAUUAGAGCGGGCAGUGAAGUAUGCUUAUCGACUAAAUUUUAAUAAAUAUUUGCUCUUUUCAUUCAUAAGUUUAUGUUGAAAUUUGUAGUAUAUAUCUAUGCAGUGUUAAUAAUCUAUGGACCGCCUUUACAGCAUGGCGCAAUACGUAUUAUUGUUAUUUUGUUAACCGAUAUUGUGUUUAUAAAAGCUUUACAAAACUCAAUUACAGAAAUAUAAGAACAAUUCAGUAAAUGUUUGCUUAGUUUACCAAUAAGCAAAAAUGGGAAAUUGUGGAUUCAGAUUUAAGCAGAUGUUUUAUUGUCGAUUUAUUUUGGUAAUAUAACAACUCGGGCUGGUUGUAUAUGUGUUCUUUGAUUUUUGAACAUUUUGUUGAAUUGUUUGUGUAUGCAAAUUAUUGCAAGUUUUUACAUUUACAAACAAGUACAUGUAUAUAUUUUGUAUAAGAUAACUGCUUUAAAUAACGUACGUGUAUUAAUCUCUGUGCAAUUACUAUUUAUGGAAUAUAUAUCUCGUUGUGGUGGUUUAUUUAUUCCAUAUACGCUGAAUAUGUAAUUUUGAAUGAGUAUACAUAUGUAUGCAUAUGGUUAUUGCUGUUUCUAUGUGUAUUUUAUUGGACAAUUAGUGUUAUAUAACUGUUUUAUAUUCAAAUUGUACAAACAAAUAAUUGUUUGUGCACUCAUCAAACUUAAGUUUUUUGCUAAUAUUAGCGAAUUAUUGAAAACGUGUUUCACAUGGUCGAAAAUUUUGUCAUUGACCUGAAUGUUUUGGUAACCGAUGUUUUCUCCCUUGUCUAUUCGCCCCCUCCCAUUCCAACUAAUUAUUACAAUAUGUCACUUGAAUGGUUCAACUGUGCACACAGACCCUUUUUAAAAGUAUCCUUUAUUGUGCCCCUUUUGGAAUGCGUGAUCCUAGAUCUUCAAUUAAAAGGAGCUAACUUAUAUAAACGAAAACAUCAUUUAUCCAACAAAAAUACAAGACAAUAUUUGCUUUUGAAAAUCAACAUAAGUUGACAUAAUAAUAUUUUGUCUCUAUCGGAGAUGGUAUUUUGUUUAAUGAAUCAAUGUCAAAAUGAUCAAGAAAGUAAAGGUACUGGUGCCUUGCCUUUUUCCGACACUUUCCUUAAUCAAUCACCCACUCAACAUUAGCACUUGUAAUGGUGGUAAUUGAUUUGUUAGUCUUGCUCAUUUUUGUGCAGCUGACACCCUAAAUGCAAAUUUAUGACACCGGUGUAGGCAUUGUCGUAUCAUAAUUUGUGUGCGCAAUUUUUAGGUCCGUCGAGUGGGCAUUAUACAAUUGAGCCAUCAUGCUAUGUGCAUACCUCUUCAUUGUUUUAAUACACUUUGUAUGCUUAAAAUCAAAUUAAAAACUGCAAAAUAAACACACACCAAAAAUAUUAGAAAUACUAGUCCUUAAUUGUGUAAAUAGUGAUUGUGAACGUUCUACUAGCCCUUUUAAAAAAGUUCAACUUGCUUUGAAUCAUUAUUUCACGUGUCAUCACUAUUCCAUCUCCCAUUUAUUUAAAAACCAAAACAACAACAUUGUUUAUACGCAUUUCAUUUUCAUUUUCUUUGUCACAUAAACAAUGGAAGUUUGUAAUAUGUAUCAUGAACAUUAUCUUACAUAAGCUAGUUAUUGUAUUACGUUUCUGUUUGUGAUACAUUAAACAUACGUUUGACGUC